AUGCAACUUCACAAAUGGGUUUUAAACCAUCCUGAAUUAUUAGGGAACAAUCAAAACUUAAAUUUUGAAUUUCCAGACUUAACAGUUAAAACGCUCGGAAUGCAGUGGCGUCCCACAUCAGACAUUUUCACAUUUGAAGUGACUGUCAGUUUGAACAACAAUUACUCAAAGCGGGAAGUCCUUUCAGUCAUAGCAAGACUGUUUGAUCCUUUGGGUCUUAUCAGCCCAAUUAUAACCAGCGCCAAGAUAUUUCUUCAGAGACUUUGGCAACAAAGGCUAAAUUGGAAUGACACAAUUCCACAAAACGAUUUGAAUGACUGGUUAAAAUUCUUAAAAGACUUACCGGUAGUGAACCAGUUAAAAAUUCAAAGAUGUGUUAUAAUCGAGAAUCCCACCACCAUAGACCUACAUUGCUUCUGCGAUGCCUCAAAUAAGGCCUACGGUGCAGUCAUCUAUGUGUGCUCAAAAAAUAAAUCCGGUGAAGUAAAAACAAGUCUUUUGUGCAGUAAAUCGCGAGUGUGUCCAAUCAAGGAAUCAACAAUACCUCGUCUGGAGCUGUCAGCAGCACUACUUUUGUCACGACUUGCAUCAAAGGUGAUUUCGAUCUUACCAGUGACAUUAAAUCACGUCUAUAUGUGGUCAGAUUCCACAGUCAUCUUAGCUUGGAUAAAAACUCCCCCAGAAAAAUUGAAACCAUUUGUUUCCAAUCGUGUUAGAAAAAUUAACAGUUUGUGUCCAAAUUAUGACUGGAGACAUAUUAAAUCUAUAGACAAUCCAGCAGACUUAAUCUCCAGGGGAACGUCUGCAACAAAUUUGAUAAACAGUCAAAUUUGGUUCAAUGGACCCCAAUUUCUACAGUUUGAAAUUCCCCAUAAAAAGGAUGCUGUAAAUUAUGCAGCCCAAAAGAACACAGCUUGA